GGGCAGAGACCCUGCCCACAGCCCGUGUGACUCCCGGAAAUGCCCCUGGGGCUAAGGACGGUAGAAAUAAGAGAGAAGGACACCAGCAGGCCUGACACCAGGGCAGCACACUGGGGACCGGAGACCAUGGAGACCUCUUCUCUGCUUCUCUGCAAAGGGCUCCUGCUCACAGCCUUCCUCUUAACCUGCUGGAAUGCACCCACCACUGCCCAACUCACUAUUGAAUUAGUGCCCCCCAUGGUUGCUGAAGGUGGAAACUCCGUCCUAUUUGUGCAUAAAAUGCCGCUGAACGUCCAGGCAUUUUACUGGUACAAACAGAAAGAUGCGACCAAGAGCUACGAAGUUGCACGCUACUUAACACCCGAUAACACAACGUCGAAGAUGCCUCAACACAGUGGUAGGAAAACGGUAUUCUACAGUGGAUCCCUGCUGAUCAGAAACGUCACCCAGGCUGACAGUGGAUUCUACACCUUACUGACGUUCAACACAGAAAUGCAAAGUGAACUCACACACGUACAUCUGGAAGUAUACAAGCCUGUGGCACAGCCCACCCUCCAAGCAGACAAAACCACAGUAACAGAAGAUGGUUCUGUGACCCUCACCUGCCUCCCAGAAAACUCUGGACUCUCCAUCCGCUGGCUCUUCAAUCGCCAGAGCCUGUAUUUCAACAGCAGGAUGACGCUGUCCCAGAAAAACAGUCAACUCGUAAUAGAUCCGGUCAGGAUGGAGGAUGCUGGGGAGUAUCAGUGUGAGGUCUCCAACGGGUACAGUUCUAAGACAAGUCCUCCAGCCCAAAUGUCUGUGACCAGCGAGUGACCUGUCCUCUCUCCAGGCACCACAGGGUGGGGGGUUCUUUGUCAAUGAUAUGGAAAAUGGAGAAGCGUUCUAGGAGGAAUCAGCGAAGACCAUAAGACAGCCAGCAGGACGACACAGAUCUGUAGUCCCGGAUUAAACAGAGUCAGGAGGAAUGUGCAUUGGAACCAGCGAGGGCUACAAAUAUAAACCCAGUCCCCCCCCAAAAUUAAUAUAGUAAGCAAAACUACAAAGGGGAUUAAUUAAGGGCCCCCAGACUUCUGGAUGUUCUGAAUCCCCUGUGCUGCGGUGUCUGCACAGAAGCAGACAUAUCCUCCCACAGGCUCAAAUCAUUUCUGAUGCCAACACCAACUUCAUCCACAUGAAGAGAGGAACAGGAGAAGGAACUGCCCGUGAUUCACUGAGGACAUACCUUGUUUCUGAAUACUUUUAAUUCAAGGUUUUUUCCAUCCACAGAUGGCGUGAAGGCCCAACUGGGCUGUUUCUGAGACUGGCAUGUACAGUGUGUCCCUGAUUUUUCUGUUAACAAGAUUUAGGCGUGUGCCAAGCAUGUGUGUGUGCAUGCAUGUAUAUAUUUAAAUGGCUUCCCACUUUAGCAGUUUUGAAGUGUCCGGUUCACUGGCAUAAAGCAUCUUUAUAUCACUGUGUAAACACCACGACAGUCAGUUUCCAGGCCAUUUCUAAGCCAAAGCCCUUGGGACGGUCAGUCUACUUCUGUCUCUCUGGAGGCGGUGUUUGUCUUUUUUUGUUAGCCUCAUACAAAGUGUGAUUCUGUUCUCUCAAGCCACUCUGUUGUCGGCAUUCCGCUGGCUAGAUAUUCAUUAAAGGCCAUCC